CAAGCCAGUGUAUUGCGCUACUACACUACGGUAAAGACAAGGAAGCUCGCAGCAACGCUCGUCCAGGCGCUCGUCCUCGUAAAGGUCGACUUUUUAGGGCCGGUUAACAAGAUAGCUAUCGCCGCGAUUGGGUACCGUAGACUCUGACCACGAAUCAGCACAUCCAGCGCAAGGCGGACGAGUCCUGGUCUCCUGGACCUAGCAUCCAAGGACCCAUCCUGGGACCCGUCCUUGUGCCAAGGCGAAGCAUCGCAAAUGCGGUUGGGCGGCUCACGACGCGUGUAAUCGUGAUCCAGGCGGAUAGUGUGCUUGCUCCUGGCGGCUGGGCAUGCGGGCGGCCGCGACUAGAAGAGGCUGCCAUUGGCGCCUUGGUGUCAUGUCGCGACGACUACACGCUCGGCCCCUGCUCGCCCCCUGCGUCCUCCUGCUGGCCGUGCUGCUCACCCUCGGCUGGGGCCUCGACGGCGCGUCCGCGCAGACGUACUGCGACGGCAGUGGCAACUGGAACGGCACGGGGCCGGCGCUGUACAACUGCGGCCUGGGCCCCACGGUGCAGUACGCCCUUAACACCUCGCUGGACGCCAAGAGCGCGGCGCCACUGAAGGGCGAUGCCAGCGGCCCGCCCGACUGGUCGGCUGGCCUGGGCUGCCUCAUGAGCGGCGCCAGCACCAACGCACUGCAGACCACCACCCUGUACUCGCAGACACAGGGGAACCCGUCCACGCCCUCCGCCACCGUCCUCGCCAUGUUCGCUGCGCCCAUGUACCCCCUCAGUGUGGGGAUCCUGAUCAUGACCUGCCAGCAAGGCUACGUGCAGCCCAACCUGGAGCUACGCCUGCCCAACGGCUCCUACGCUGCCACCACCUGCCCCGCCGACCCCUGCACCAGCGCCACCAGCUGCCUGGGCAACCAGACCUAUUGGUACACGUGCAGCUGCUCUGGCACCGCCAUUUCGCAGAUGCCCGUGACGGGCCUGCGCGUGGUGCUGUCGACCAACGCUGUGGGCCAGAACGUGUGGAAGGUGAUAGAUGCCUUCCGUAUGACCGGUUACGUGGGGUACUCGCCGCCGGCCCCACCCAGCCCCGCGCCACCCAGCCCCUCACCCCCAUCACCAGCUCCCCCCCGUCCACCUCCCUCGCCGGCACCGCCCAGCCCGGCGCCGCCAUCCCCUCGGCCUCCAUCGCCACGGCCACCCAGCCCAUCGCCGCCGUCGCCUGCCCCUCCAAGACCGACGCCGCCAUCGCCUGUCCCUCCCAGCCCGGCGCCGCCGUCGCCUCCCCCUCCCAGCCCACAUCCCAGCCCGGCGCCGCCGUCGCCUGCGCCUCCGAGCCCACCUCCAAGCCCAGCGCCGCCGUCGCCUGCCCCUCCCAGACCACCUCCCAGCCCGGCGCCGCCGUCGCCUGCGCCUCCGAGCCCACAUCCCAGCCCGGCGCCGCCGUCGCCUGCGCCUCCGAGCCCACCUCCAAGCCCAGCGCCGCCGUCACCUCCCCCUCCCAGCCCACAUCCCAGCCCGGCGCCGCCGUCGCCUGCGCCUCCGAGCCCACCUCCCAGCCCAGCGCCGCCGUCGCCUGCCCCUCCCAGACCACCUCCCAACCCGUCACCGCCGUCGCCUGCCCCUCCCAGCCCACCUCCCAGCCAUGCGCCGCCGUCGCCUGGCCCUCCCAACCCACCUCCCAGCCCGGCGCCGCCGUCGCCUGCCCCUCCCAGCCCACCUCCCAACCCGGAGCCGCCGUCGCCUCCCCCUCCGAGCCCACCUCCAAGCCCAGCGCCGCCGUCGCCUGCCCCUCCCAGUCCACCUCCCAGCCCGGCGCCGCCGUCGCCUGCCCCUCCCAGUCCACCUCCCAGCCCGGCGCCGCCGUCGCCUGCCCCUCUCAGCCCACCUCCCAACCCGGAGCCGCCGUCGCCUGCCCCUCCCAGCCCACCUCCCAGCCCGGAGCCGCCUAGCCCUGCGCCGCCCAGCCCAGCUCCCUCUCCCGAGCCGCCGUCGCCUGUGCCUCCCAGCCCGGCGCCGCCGUCGCCUCCCCCUCCGAGCCCACCUCCCAGCCCGGCGCCGCCGUCGCCUGCCCCUCCAAGACCGACGCCGCCGUCGCCUGUCCCUCCCAGCCCGUCGCCGCCGUCGCCUGCCCCUCCCAGUCCACCUCCCAGCCCGGCGCCGCCGUCGCCUGUUCCUCCCAGCCCACCACCCAACCCGGCGCCGCCGAGCCCUGCCCCUCCCAGCCCACCUCCCAGCCCGGAGCCGCCGUUGCCUGUGCCUCCCAGCCCGCAGCCGCCUAGCCCUGCGCCACCCAGCCCGGCUCCCUAUCCUGAGCAUACGUCGCCUGUGCCUCCCAGCCCGCAGCCGCCUAGCCCUGCGCCGCCCAGCCCGGCUCCCUCUCCCAAGCCGCUGUCGCUUGCGCCUCCGAGCCCACCUCCCAGCCCAACGCCGCCGGCGCCUGCCCCUCCCAGUCCACCUCCCAGCCCGGCGCCGCCGUCGCCUGCCCCUCCCAGCCCACCUCCCAGCCCGGCGCCGCCGUCGCCUGCCCCUCUCAGCCCACCUCCCAACCCGGCGCCGCCGUCGCCUCCCCCUCCCAGUCCACCUCCCAGCCCGGCGCCACCUAGCCCGGCGCCGCCCAGCCCGGCUCCGUCUGCGGAACCGCCGUCGCCCGCGCCGUCCAGCCCGCAGCCGCCUGGCCCUGCGCCGCCCAGCCCGGCUCCCUAUCCUGAGCCGCCGUCGCCUGUGCCUCCCAGCCCGCAGCCGCCUAGCCCUGCGCCGCCCAGCCCGGCUCCGUCUGCGGAACCGCCAUCGCCCGCGCCGUCCAGCCCGCAGCCGCCUAGCCCUGCGCCGCCCAGCCCGGCUCCCUAUGCUGAGCCGCCGUCGCCUGCGCCUCCCAGCCCGCAGCCGCCUAGCCCUGCGCCGCCCAGUCCGGCUCCCUAUCCUGAGCCGCCGUCGCCUGUGCCUCCCAGCCCGCAGCCUCCUAGCCCUGCGCCGUCUAGCCCGGCUCCAUCUGCGGAACCGCCGUCGCCUGUGUCUCCCAGCCCGGAGCCGCCUAGCCCCGGGCCGCCCAGCCCGGCUCCGUCUCCGGAGCCGCCGUCGCCAGCGCCGCCCAGCCCGGAGCCGCCUAGCCCUGCGCCGCCCAGCCCGUCGCCUCCUUUGCCCGCACCUGCCGCGUCGCAGCCACCCAACCCGGCGCCCGCGGCGCCUCUUCUGCCUAGCCCGGAGCCUCCAAGCCCAGCGCCGCCCAGCCCGGCGCCUUCUUUUCUUGCACCUGCGGUGCCGCAGCCACCCAGCCCUGCGCUUGGAGUGCCGGCACCGCCCAGCCAGGCGUCCGCGGCGCCUGUUCCGCCUACUCCGGGGCCUUCGAGCGCGGAGCUUCCCAGCCCGGCCCCUCCCAGCCCCGAUCUACCCAGCCAGGCGCCUGCGGCGCCUGAGCCGCCGCCUAGCCCGGCGCCUCUGAGCCCAGAGCCUCCCAGCCCGGCCCCGCCCAGCCCCGGGCCUUCCAGCCAGGCGCCUCCUUCGCCCGCACCUGCCUUGUUGCAGCCACCCAGCCCUACGCCUGCAGUGCCGGCACUGCCCAGCCAGGCGCCCGCGGCGCCUGUUCCGCCUAGCCCGGAGCCUCCGAGCCCGGCCCCGCCCAGCCCCGGGCCUUCCAGCCAGGCGCCUUCGUCGCUUGCACCUGCCGUGUUGCAGCCACCCAGCCCGGCGCCUGCGGUGCCUGUUCCGCCUAGCUCGGAGCCUCCCAGCCCGGCCUCGCCCAGCCCCGGGCUACCCAGCCCGGCGCAACCUUCGCCCGCACCUGCCGCGCCGCAGCCACCCAGCCCGGCGCCUGCGGUAUCUGUUCCGCCUAGCUCGGAGCCUCCCAGCCCGGCCCCGCCCAGCCCCGGGCUACCCAGCCCGGCGCCACCUUCGCCCGCACCUGCCACGCCGCAGCCACCCAGCUCUGUGCCUGGAGUGCCGGCACCGCCCAGCCUGGCGCCUGCGGCGCCUGUUCCGCCUAGCCCGGAGCCUCGGAGCCCAGAGCCUCCCAGCCCGCAGCCGCCCAGCCCCGGGCCGCCCAGCCCGUCGCCUCCUUUGCCUGCACCUGCAGUGCCGCGGCCACCCAGCCCGGCACCUCCGAUCCCGGCACCGCCCAGCCCAGUCCCGCCCAGCUCGGGGCCGCCCAGCCCGCCGCCUCCGUCGCUUGCACAUGCUGCACCGCAGCCACCCAGCCCGGCGUCUGGAGUGCCGGCGCCGCACAGCCCGGCGCCCGCGGCGCCUGUUCCGCCUAGCUCGGAGCCUCCCAGCCCAGCCCAGCCCAGCCCAGCACCUCCCAGCCCGGCGCCUUCACAACUGAACCAACUGCCAUCGCCGGCCGUAUCAACCCCACUGGCGGCUGUGCCGCUGCCUCCCAUGCCCCAGUCUCCGCUUCGGCCUCUCACACCGAGCACUCCGCCGCCACCCCCUUCACCGCCAUCCCCAAACCCUGCACCUCCGCCUCUGUCGCUCCUGCCUGUUCCUCCGCCUCCUCCACUGCUGCUCGCGGCGCCGCGGCCCACCUAUGCUCUGCCAGUCGUACAAGUGCCGCCGCAGUAUAUCGCAUCGGACCCGAGCACGACCAAUGGCUUGCUCACCGUGUCACAAGGGGUGGCCAUACCCGACUCGUACUUGUCGGCAGUAGCAUUUGGCGGUAGUAGCAGCAGCAGCGGUGGCAGUAGUACCGUCAGUGUCAGGGACUUGCUGGCGUUGUUCCCGGAUGCCUCCGACGUGCGCAUUGUGGCUCGCACUAUGUCCGUGCCGGUGGUGGUGACGGCUACAGCGGCAGUAGAUGCCAUUACUACAGCCUCCUUUGUUAGCAGCCGCACUGGGCAGGUGGUGGACGUGGUUGUGGGCUGCAACUCGGGGUUUCUGGAGGCGUUCAGGUCGGAGCUUGUGGCCAGGGCCGACAUCAGCGAUGAGGUCCUGGCCAACGUCACGUGCAGCAGCAGUGGCAGCAGCAGUGGCAGUAGCAGCGGCAGUAGCAGCGGCAGUGGUGGCAGUGACAGUAGCAAUGGUCGCAGUAGCAUCAGCGGCGGCAGUAGAGGCUCAGCUGCUGCUCGGCGGGCUCUGCUCGCUGGCAUGUGCCCCGCCGCCGGCAGUAGUUCUGCUGGCGGCAGUAGCACCACAUCCAGCAUGAGCCUCGUCUUGCAGCUUCGCGUGCCCGUUGACGCCCCCUCCGCCGCCGGUUGGCUGCCUUCACCAACACCAUUCAUGUCAGCAACCGCGGCGCCCAACACGACGGCCGACGGCGCCAGCGCCAGCCCCAGCAGCAGCCCCAGCAGCAACAGUCCUGCAGACGUGGCAAGCCCUUUGGUGGGGACCAACAGCACCGACGCCUUGGUUGCCGAGUACAGGGCGCAAGUGCUGAAGGCUCUGAGUGACUGGGAGGCUGAGUCAGCGGCAGCAGCGGCAGCCGCGGCGGCAGCCGCGGCGGCAGCAGCUGCUGCCGGCAGCAAUAAUGCGACGAACGCGCCGGUGCCGCCUCCCGCCUCCUUCCCUCUCCUCGUGUGCGGCCCCUCCAGCGAAGACGAUGUACUGCUGGAGACGCAGGUGAAUGUGAUGCGUGCGUUGCCGCUCAAUGCGGCGGGCACCGCGGCCCUAGCGGCCGUGUGCGCCUCAUCAACUCCGGCCGCGUCGUCCACCACGGACCCAGGGGGCCUCGGGCUGAGCCCCACCACGGCCCUGGGUGGUGAGGGCAGCCACGUGGCGUGCCGGGUGACGACACAGUCAGCGCUGUCGUCGUACGGAGCGCCGCCGCCGCUUUUUGUGGAUGCCCAUGUGGCCGCAAAUCGCAAUGGCGCACUGCUGCCGCUGAUCAUCACGGGCGCGGCGGUGGGCACUGUGGUGUGCGUGCUGUGCGCCGCUGCAGCAGCGCUUUUAGCAGUUCGCCGCCGAAAGCGGCAGCGGCAGGAUGCGGAGGACGAGGACGCGGCCUCGGCGGCAAAUCCGCAGCAGAAUGAGCAGCGACGCCGGCAGCAGCAGCCCUCUGCCGAUGGCGGGGAGCAGCAGGCGGGCCAGCCGCCGUUCCGCGUGCGGGGAGCAGCAGCAACAGAUGCGGCGGUGGGUGAUGCUGCUGGAGGUUUAGACCCCGGCGGUGUGCUUUGCAUCCUUCCGCCAGCCGGGUUCUCACAGCACGUGGCCCCAGGCAGGGCUGCUGCUACUGCCGCCGCCGCAAGGGCGGCAACCGCCAGAGGCGGACGUGUGUCGGCCUGGUCGUCCACGGGCGCGGUAGACAGUGGCGGCCCAAGAGUAGCAGCAGCACAAGCAGCCGACCGCAUUCAUGAUGCAGUGCCGAAGCGUGCGUCAUCGCCGGUUGUGGGCUUUGCAGAGGCAACGGCAGCUGCGCCGCUUGGUGCCGCAGGCGGUGGUGCUGCUUAUGAUGCGACUCGUGCAGCCUCAGCCUCAAUCCUGCCGGCGGGCGGAGCCGCAUGGGCCCUAGCGCUGCCAGCGGACGGCCGCCAACGGCAGCCGCAGCAGCAGCAGCAGCAGCUGCGAGUGUCAUCGCCGCUGUCGUCCCCUCGCUCUCCAGCAUCAUGGCCUGAUGAGCUCCCCUUGUCGCCGACGGUGGCAGUAGCAGCUGCACAGCCGCCUGCUACAGCCGCAUCCGCUCUCCUGUCAGCAGCUGGACCAUCGGCAGUAGCAUCCAGCCACUCCAGGGGCACCAGCAGCAACCGGAGCGGCAUGAUGCUGCAGCACAACCUGAUGUUUGAGGACGAUGCGCGCGAUCGCGCGCUGCUGGCGUUUGCUACAGCCGCCGCGAGGGAGGCGGCUGUAGCACGUGGGGUCGGUGCCAGCGCACACGCGUCGCAGACCUCCUCCUUCAAGUCUGCAGCCCCUCAUCACGGCGGCAGGGCGACUCCUGCUGCUGCUGAAGGUGGCGGCGGCGCCGGCAGCCCCGGCAGCCGCACAGGAAGCCCGCUCACGCGGGCUGCAAUCGUAAGUAACCCGCAACGGCAGGGGCAGCGCGUGCUACAGCCGUCGGUGGCGGCUGUCGGAGUCAGCAGCAGUCAAGGCGUCGUGGCGUUACGAGUCGCCCACGGUGGACCGCAUGCGACGGCGGACGAGCCGGAGGGGCCCCCGCCUUGGCUGGCGCGCUGGCACCGGCAGCAGGGGGCACUGGCGGCGGCGGUGAUGGCGGGCGGCGCCGGGAAUAGCGGACCCCUUGCUCGUGUGACGUGGGACGGCGGCCCCCCACACUCCGGCGGAGCGUCGUCGCCGCUUGUGGUGUCGUCGCCGCGUGCACGGCGGGGCGUAGCGGCAGUAGCCACCGCACACAGCAGCAGCGCCGCCAACGGGAUGCUGCAGUUGGCAUCGCAAGCGGGGCUGGGACAAGCGGGUGUGAAGGACGGCAGCAGUAGUGCAGCCGCCACUGCCUCUGGCACUGCAGCAGCGGUACUGCGUAGCGGCAGCAGCAGCAGCGCUGGCGGCAGCAGCAAAGGCAGCCGUAAUGCCGCGGGCCACGCAAGUUCAACUGGUGGCGGCAGUAGGUUUCUCGCCAGCAAUUUGUCCGCGCGAAUCAUGCGGGUCUUCCGCGGUCCUUCGGCUGCACCGGCAAGUACGGACGCCGCAGCCGACGUCGGAGCCGGCAUCGGAGUCCCGGCGCAGCCGCCGGCUGCACGUGCAUCGCCGUUUCCUGUGGCGUGGGGCGGCGCUGCGGAUGGCGCCAGCGGCAUCAUGAUCCCAGCGCUCCGUUCUGCGCCUGCUGCAGUGGAUAUGGCAAUGCAGCCUGCUGCUGCCACCCAGCCCAGCGCUUGGGCGAUGGGCAGCAGCGGUUUCGGCGCGCAAGGCCGCCGGGCCCAAAGCCGGCGCCAGCUGUUGGACAGACCGCGAUAUCCCACCCUGGAUCCGCAGGCGCCAGCAGCGGCAAGUGCCAGUGCGGGUGCUGUCGCCAGCGGGCAGGCAGCGGCGGUGGCUCACAGCCGGGUGCAGCUGCAGCUGCCACCACACAGGCCGGCCGCGUGGGGCGUGCUGGCGUCCACGUCGGAGGCUACUGCUGCUGCUGGGGGCCUGGAGGGCGGUGAUGGCACACGCAGCCUGGCUGCAGGCGGUGUGCCUAGAGCUGCGGCUGCUGCUGGUGAGGUGAGACCGCCAGGUUCUGCUGAUGUGGUGUCGCCGAGGGUUGGGCCACGGCGACCACCGCGCGUCCGGCGUGCGAGCACAACAUUAGGUCUGAUGGCUCCUCCGGCGCCUCCGGCUGCGGUGGCUGCUACAGCUGUAGCCGCAGCCUUCACCAAUGGUGGUGGCGCUCGCGGCACCGGGGCCAGUUAUGGCGCGGGCGCUGCUGCCACCGUGUCACUACGCCCUUGACUGGCUGCCGUCGCACAAGCGGAGGGUGGUCGAUACUGCUACUGAUGCAGACACUGGCAUGCAACGAAUUAAAUUAUGGAAUCGUUCCCAGGUCCAUGUCCAGGUUUCAUCACUACUGCUUCUUAUUCGGGAUGAUUUAUCAUAGGAGUACAGUAGGGGGCGGCACGAAGAAGCGGGUUGUUUCCCCCGUGCGUGUCUCGUUGUGCGACAUGGUUCGUACACGUGUACACGUGCACAUGCAUGAUUAAUAGCAGCUUCAUGUCUUGUCCCAGGCCCUGCAUGGGCUUCAGGAGCCUUGCGGGCUGGUGUCUGUUAACAUGUUCCUUUAUUAAGGACAACGCCGUGUGAGGUGGGCGUGCGAGCGGCCAAAGGCGACAGUCCCGCCCUACACUCAGGUGGUCUGAGCUAUGCGAGCCUGGAAGAGACAUGGCGAGAAGGAAUUAGGCUGUACCGUUGUGUGCUGAAACAAGCAGAGUGCACAGUGGUUCUGCUGGUUGGAGCUAGGAUGUGGUGGCAUGCAGUUCGUUGCACCCGUUCUGCUGCUUUAGGUGUGUGGGUGUCUAUGUGCGCGUGUGGUGGCCUGCUGGGCGCAUGACACCAGUGCGGCCUGGUGCCGCGGAAAGUACUGCAAUGCUGGUAUCUGUGACAUGACAUUCGAUCAUCGCGUUCCCACCAUCCCCUGUACGCCUGCUCCGCCCCAAGCAAAGCAUGCCACAUAAGGCUGAUACUCA